GGCCUCGCUGGCCACUCUGCUCGAAGCUUUGCUUGCUUCAUCUUCUAUCCUGUUCUUUUUCUAUGCAUAUUAUUCGGUAUUUUCUCCUAAACGUGUUUUGCCCCAAUCGAGAUGGGCUAGUUCCGCUUCUCCACAGACGAUUAUCGCGGGCAAUUUCCCUAUACUGCGUACCGUUAGCUUAUCACAGGUAUAGCUAUUUUACCAUUUGCCUUGGCUGUAUCGUCGUUUUGUGUUUUCUCAAUGCGCCGUUUUCUACGCUGUUCGCUAUAUUGAACGAGCUGGCUUGGCUGGUGGCCAACACAUGACCCAUGGAUUCCAGCUUUCUCAUCCGACAUUAUUGACAGAUGCGAUGAUAUCAAAUCCUUUCCUAUGGAUAUGGAUAUGGAUAUACGGAUAUAUGAAUGAGUAUACGUCAAUCAUGGAGGCGGCGAAUGCAAUCUCUCUGCAUGUCGACCCCAUAGACCAGUCUAGCUCCCGAGGCGCCUCGUCCCGUUCAGUUAUUAAAAUUCAAGAAAAGACUUCUUCUAUCUGUUGGUUCGCCGAAUCAAUGCAUCGAUUCAAUAUCUACAGCCGAUUCAGCUCUUUUACGUCAUUCCAAAUGCAACUUCAGCUUAGCUUUCAGGCAAAAACUGGUUGGUCUGACAGGCAGCUAUCUGUGCGUAUACAGUAUAGGCACGAUGCAUUCAGUAUCUUUCCUUGCAAACUUAAAAACACGCGGGUCAAUGUCCUGGCGGGGAUUGACAGUAUGUAAUAAUAUCAAACAGCAUUCAACCACAGCAUGCGAAUGUAAUAUUGCUGAAAAAUGUCCGCUAUCAUCCUACAGCUGGGCAGCGCUGUCGCGAUCCGCGAGGCCCUAUCUUAGAGCCUAGACCGACUAAUUUCUUUACCUUACUUCCAGCGAGCAUCCUGCAGGAGGUCCUGCAGGCCCCAUCUGUUGCAGUGCUCAUCUUAUCGCACAUGAAGCUAUACGAAACAUCAUAUGUGGCAAUAAACC